AUGUUACUGAAAGUUGAAAUUAGGGACUUGGAAAAAUUCGAAAAAUCUGCAGAAAUUCUGUAUAUGCAAGAUCAUUCAAGAUGUCGAUAUGUUAAGAAAUAUUCUCAUACUAAAGGACAGCUUUGUGUUAAAAGCACAGAAGGUGAUGAAAAAUAUUUACAAUUUAAAACAGAAGUUUUGCAAGAUUUGGAGAAAAUUGAUAAAUUUCUCCGAAAUCUAAUGUGUCACAUGGCGUCUAAAGAAGACUAA